CGAAUUCGCAAUUGCUUUUUAUUUGUUAUUGAGUUGCACUGUCACUUCACUGCCAAAGAAUAUAAUAAUUAAUAAUUAUGACUGAUCCAAGUAAAUUCUCUGUUGCCGUUGUAUGUUCCUCGAACAUGAAUCGCUCAAUGGAAGCCCACAAUUUCCUGGCAAAAAAGGGCUACAGUGUGCGGUCCUAUGGUACCGGCGAGCGGGUCAGACUGCCCGGCGUAGCUAUAGAUAAACCAAAUGUGUAUGAAUUUGGCACCAGCUACGAGGAUAUCUACCGGGAUCUGGAAGCCAAGGAUAAGGAGUUUUACACACAGAACGGCCUGCUGCAUAUGCUCGACCGUAAUCGUCGGAUUAAAAAAUGUCCAGAACGUUUCCAGGAGACCAAAGAGCAAUUUGAUAUUAUCGUUACUGUGGAGGAGCGUGUUUAUGAUCUAGUGGUGCUUCAUAUGGAAUCAAUGGACUCGGUGGAUAAUCGGCCCGUACAUGUACUCAAUGUUGAUGUCGUAGAUAAUGCGGAGGAUGCGUUAAUGGGAGCGUUUCUUAUAACAGAUAUGAUUAAUUUAAUGGUCAAAUCGAAUGAUCUAGAUAAUGAUAUUGAUGAAAUGAUACAGGAAUUCGAGGAACGUCGUAAUCGUGUAAUUCUUCAUUCAGUCCUUUUUUACUGACCUUGACCUGUCAUCCCAAAUCCUGCCUGGAGAAAACGGCGACAAAUGAAAUUGCAACUUGUAAAUAGAUGAGAAAAAAAGAGGGAUAACACCCUCCUUGACCCAAACACACACACACACACAUAUACACACACCCAUGGCUACAUACAUUAUAUAUAUUUAUAUGUAUGUAUAUAUACAACUCGAAUUUGCAAAUUAUGAAUGUACAGUACAGAGACUUCAUUUGUUCAAUUUAUAUGAAGUUACUUUCUGUGUAUGUAUGUACGCGCAUAUACAUACAUAUAUAGAUAGAUUAUUACAUGUGUAUGUAUUUAUAUGUGCCGGCAAUGUCUAGUCCAAAUCAGCUUCACAUUUGUUUCCUUCAUAUUCAUCUGAUUUUAAAAUUUUGAUAUUGUUUUAUUAUUGUUCCUUUCGUUGUGUGGCAACCCUGGCUGGCUAACGAUCCGCCCCCUCCACCCACACCCCCUUCUUUUUGUGGAGUCACAGACCAACACACAUGUUUACAGUAAGUUUGCAUAUGUAUGUUUGUUAUGGGAGUGUGUGUUUGUGUAGAGAGCCGGCAUAUUUUGGCAGGAGCGGAAUUGCCCGCUGGUUGGGCUUUGACUUGAAUUAUUACUUAUUGUGUUUACUUAUAUUAUUCGUUUUAUCUAAUUAUUUACCUAGAUUGGGUGGCCAACUUGUUUCUAUUUUAAUACAAUGUAAUUAUUACAUCUAAUUAUAUGCCUAGAUUGGGUGGCCAACUUGUUUCUA